CGACCUCCUCCAUCAUCUGUGUGACAGUCUGCGGAACACUUGACGGUGUGAUCACUGAAACCAUGCUGAAGGUAGCUCUUGUGCUUGGAUGCCUCCUGAGCCUGGCUCUGGCUACUCCGAUGGAGAGGGCACAUAUACGCUUGGCACGCUCCAGCUCUGAAUCUUCCUCCGGAGAGAAUACCAACAGCAACAGCCUCACCCUGCAACAGCUUCAACAACUUUUGAUCUUACUCAACGCAUUAUCUACUACUACUACUGCUACUACUACAACAACGACAGCUGCAACUACAACAACUGCACCAACAACUACAACCACAGCCGCUGUAACAACUGCUGCUCCAUAAAAUCUGACAUUUCACUGAUAAGUGAAUUAUAACACAAGCGUAAUGUUGUAACAGAGACUGAUUUAUGUCAGCUUUUUCAUGUUUCACUGAGAAUCCACAGUUGUAUUAUUAUUUUUUAGUUUAUCUUCGCACUCAUUAUUCGGAAUUAAUUGAAUCAAAUAUGUGGAUCUAAAAUCAUUUCUCUGUUACCUGCUGAAUAAACUGAAUAAAUCAUCCUUGAAAAUGAAAUGCCACAAA